CGGAGGAGGCGGUUCCGGGCUGAGGAGCGGCUCCGUGCCCAUGGCGGCCGCGGCAGAGGAGGGGCCGCCCGAGGCCGGCGCGCAGCCCGCCAGGCAGGAUCCUGCUAUUGAAACUGCAGAGGAAGCUAAGGAGCCAGCGGAGGCAGACAUCAAUGAACUCUGCAAAGACAUGUUCAGCAAAAUGGCCACUUACUUGACCGGUGAACUGACAGCCACCAGUGAAGACUACAAACUCUUGGAAAACAUGAAUAAGCUGACUAGCUUGAAGUACUUAGAAAUGAAAGAUAUUGCUAUAAACAUCAGUAGAAAUCUGAAGGAUUUAAACCAAAAAUAUGCUGAUCUUCAGCCAUAUCUGGAACAGAUAAACCUAAUUGAGGAACAGGUCGCAGCUCUGGAGCAGGCAGCUUAUAAAUUGGAUGCAUAUUCCAAAAAACUUGGUAACUAUCGUCCUCCACUGUUAAGACCUAGCAACAUAGUGCCUUGCAUGGAGAUUUAAAAAGAAAGAAAGAAGAAGCCAAGUACAAAAAACUGGAGAAACGAUGAAAGUACAACAGUCUAUAAGCUGGAGUUGGGCAGUGAAUCAGACUGAUCUCUGGUUUUGUACAACAGCAAUUCUGUAUGUUGACAAGGAUUUGGUUCAGCUAACAUGGAGACUGGGAACUUUUUCCAGCUGCUGAAUACAGUAGGCUGAAUUCAGACUUAAGGCUGAAUAAUAUUUUCCUCUUCUAAAGAGGUACUGAUCCUCAGUUCUGCAGUGAAAAGUAGAAGCUCUUCCUUAAAUCAUGUCGAUAUUGGCUAUAUGUGUGUCAGUCCUAUUUUCCACAUGAAAUACUCGCUCUAGGGAAAUAAUAAUAAUAAUAAUCUGUAAAGACAUUUUCCCUUAGAAGCAGUGCGACAUAAACUUCAAUUUUUCCCUCAUUGUGCUCUGUUUUGGGAAGAUACCUGGAACUUUAGACUUCAUGGGUGGGGUAUUGAAAGCACUUCAUUUUGGUAUCCCCUUUUAUCUGUUUGAAAUAGAGAGACAAAGUACAAAUUUACAAUAAACUUGCUGCAUUUA